AUGACGCGAGCAACGCGCCAGCUCACAGUCGCCAUCCCCCUCGUCCUCCUCUACCUCCUCAUGCUCCUUGGCGUGCUCCCCGCCCCUGUCGUAUCAGAGCAGACCGCGUCAGCUAUAUUACCAGUCAUCCCCUUCUGGCUCCUCGUGUCAUUCGGUGCCUACUCCCUCUCGUCCCUCGGUCUCGGCCUCUUACGGUUCCGCGACUGUCCCGAGGCGUACGAGAGUCUACUGGCGGAGAUCUCGCAGGCGAAGAACGAGCUGAGGGAUAAGGGUGUUAGUGUGGACUAG